CUAACACAAACAUUCAUGCAAUCGGAUCAUUCACAAUCAAGUAACAAUGAUGAAAAGAAUGGGAGGAAAGGAGAUAAAGAGACUUCGCUUGAUCGUAAUUCAAAUUCCUACCAAAGCAACCAGAAACUCAAAGAUACAGCAGUUGAGGACUCAGUAGAGAUCAAGACUAUAGAGACUGAAAGGGAAGAAGCCUUAGAGAUUAAAUUUAAUAUUAUCGCAUGUGAUUGAGACAAUGCUGAGCAUGAAAAUGCACCCACUGAGGUUACAUUAAAAGAUAAGAUAUAAGUCAACAGGAGGAAUCUAUAUUAACGCUCAGAAAAGAACUUGAGCAUAAAGAAUCAGAUAUCGAAAAAAUGAAAGAAACUUUUGCGAACAAGAUCCAAAUUUUCCACGAUUUACUUGAAAAAAGAAAUAAUGAGGUUAAAAGACUCACUAGUCAGUCCUCUAAUAGCCUUCCUCCAAGUGAGACUUAUACAAAAGAAGGAGAUCAAAGCCUUGAAAAUGUGGCUAAAAAUCAUUCGCCAUCUUCCAAUAUUUCUCUAGAUAGUAAGAAAAUAAUAGAAGGAUUAAACAAAAGGGUAUCUACUCUUAUAACAGAGAAUAAGAGUUUAAAGAAUGAUAUUGGGACUUUACUUGACUUCAAAAAUGAACUCGAGCAGUUAGCAGAUCAACAGAAUGAUCAGAUUAACACCUUAAAUUCGACGAUAGCCCAGCUGAAUUCGAAAGCCCAUAAUACUGAAGAAAUUAUUCAAGAGAACAAGCAGCUUAAUGCUCAAAUAGAUAGCAUGACAGAUACAAUGCAGUUCCUUGAGAAUGAAAAUAAAGUGAAAGCUGAUGAAAUAGAGGAACUUAAUAAAGAUAUCAAGCAUCUCAUGGACCUCAGAGCAGAAAUGAAAAAGAAAGCUUUCAAAGAUGAACAGAAGAUCAAAGGUUUGCAGCAAGUUGUGAUAAAGGAUCUGAAAACUAAACUCUCCAAGAAGAAAGAGGAGAUCAAGAUACUUAAAGAUAUGCUAGGAAGUGCUACAAAGCAAUCUAAAAUACUAUCUUCAGAGAAUUUAAGGCUGAAGAAGAAAUUCAAUGACUAUAAGGAAAGAUGUCAGCAUAAUAAAUCUACACUAGUAAGGAAAUUGAAAAGAGAGAAUCGGAAAGGAGCUAUUAGCCACACUAAAAAGUCAAACAGAAACUUGCAAGAUGAUCAUUUUUACGGGCUGAAAGGAAUUGUUGGAACUAAUGAGGAUGAUAACUCUCCUAAAUUUCAAGAAUCCAUGAUCUCAAAGCCACAAAAUAAGCAAAAAUUUAAGAGUCCAAAUGCCCCUACAUUGGAUCAGAUUGUUAUUAUCAACAACCAUGAAUAUUUAGGAAAACUUCAUCCUCCUCUCUAUAAGAAGAAAAGGAAUGAAGGGAGAAGGACACCGAGGAGAAGCCAUGAGAAUGAAAUUAAAAACUCUAAAAGCGAAGAGAGAUUAGGCCAAAGAUACAUUCAUGUUGAGGAUUCCAAAGAAAGAUUGAUGAAAAAUGAGCAAGAUCCAAGAUUCACAUUUAACGACAGGAAGGAUUCCAAGGCUACUGAUAUCUCUGAAAAAUCUUUCAAAGAUAAAUACGAUAGAGUCUAUGAUACUUAUGUGGGUAAUAUUUCUUCUGUUCCAGGCUAUAAGAACAGGUCGUCUGGAGUAAAAGCAGUAAUGAAUUUAAAUCAAGCUCAAUACUCUUUUAACCAUCCUGCAAGUAUGGAAAGUAUCCCCAAAGUUGUAAGCUACAAUCAGAAUGGUAGCAAGAUAAACUCUAUUGGGCUUGGAAAAACACCAAAAUUAAAGAAAAUAAAGAACUUAAGGAAAUAUGGUCCGAACAUUGUGAGGAGGAAUGAUAUGAUCAAAUACUUUACUCCUCAAAAAGAAACUUCCAAAUUUUAACCAUUUUCAAUCGCUAAAUUACUAAAGGG